AUGUUGCAGGAUAUAGAAAACGAAUCCCGCUCUAGUUCUCAGCCCAGUGGGCAUAAAAUCACCUCUCAUGAAACUCGAAAAAUUGCCGAUUACCAAGUUCUUCCACUGCUUGUGAUCUGUUUCGCAGUAUACCAAUUAGAUCGAACCAAUAUCGGCAGUGCCUUGACUGGCGGCUUCGCGGACACUAUUUCCGUGGAUCGGAAUACAAUCAACCUGGGGAACCAGCUGAUGUUUAUGGGAGUCGUGGUUUUGGAAAUCCCUUCGAAUCUUAUACUUCAGCGGGUUGGACCGCGACGAUGGAUCGGCACCCAGGUAUUGGCGUUCGGGACCGUGGCGAGCAUGCAAAUAUUUGUUCAGAAUCGCGUGGAUUUCCUCGUCACAAGAACAAUUCUCGGUCUCACUGAGUCGGGAUUUAUUCCCGGCGCUAUGUAUACGUUGUCGACUUGGUAUACGAAGGAGCAACUGACAAAGCGCAUCGCUGUCUUCUUUUUCGGUAUGUUUGGCGGUAGCGCAGUAUCACCGCUCCUAGGAGCGGCAUUGCUUAAACUGGAUGGAAAGGGUAACCUUGCCGGAUGGCAGUGGAUUUUCCUAGUUGAAGGGAUACUCUCAAUUGUGGUAUCCAUAUGUCUACUUCUUUUUCUAAAAGAGAAGACCCGCAAUAAGCGGCAGCAAACUGCACUGAGUGAUGACAGUCCCGACCAGAAAGAGGAAUCGAAUAAUCUAGUCAAUGACAAUGCUCAUGACGAGAAAAUCUCCCCCAAGGACGUGUGGAAAACAUUAACCAACAUACACAAAUGGCCACAUUUUCUAGCCACCGCGUGCGUGUUUUCCACAUGGAGUCCCCUUAUAACCUAUACCCCAAGUAUUAUAAUGUCGUUGGGAUUUUCACGAAUUGAAUCAAACGCCCUUGCUGCUAUUGGAAGCUUCGCAACCCUUCCUGUCAUCUUUCUCUUUGCAUGGUUGAGUGAUAAGACAAGGAGACAUGGUCUUAUAGUAAUAAUUGCUGUUGCAGCCUAUCUCACUGCACUCAUUCUGCUGAGAACUAUUCAGCCACAUGUCAGUCGUUGGAAUCGAAUCGUUCUAUGGACUCUGGUCAAUGGGUUGGCGGUGGGCUAUCAUCCUAUUCAUAAUGCGUGGAUCCAAAUCAACUGCAGAAGCGCGGCAGAAAGGAGUAUAAGUGUUGCGUAUGUCAUUCCGUCCACCGAUAGUGAAAACUGUUAA